AUGAAGACACAUGCUGGUGAGAAGCCGUAUAAAUGUGCCUACUGCAGUAAAGCAUUUUCACGCAUUACGGGGCUCAAAGCCCAUCUGGGAGCACACUCGGGAGAGAAGCCUCCAGAAUGUUCCAAAUCCAUUGUGACUCUACAGAAGAACACUACUGACUUGAAUCUAAAACAUAACACUGUUGACUUGAAUCUAAAGCAGAACACUGUUGAUUUGAAUCUAAAGCAGAACACUGUUGAUUUGAAUCUAAAGCAGAACACUAUUGACUUGAAUCUAAAACAGAACACUGUUGAUUUGAAUCUAAAACAGAACUCUGCCAAAAGGCCUCAUGAAUGUGCAGAGUGUGAAAAGUUGUUUACAACACGAACACGUCUUGAAGUCCAUAUGAGAACGCACACUGGAGAGAAGCCUUAUAAGUGUGCCCAGUGUGGAAAAGCGUUUUCACUUGGUGGAAAUCUUAAAAGCCACAUGCUAAUACACACUGGAGAGAGGCCUCAUCAAUGUGCCCAGUGUGGAAAAUCAUUCAUAAAGUCCUCAGACCUUAAACGCCACACGCUUACACACAAUAGACAGAAGCCCCAUAUAUGUGUCCAGUGCGGAAAAGGUUUUUCACGGAUUUCAGAUCUUAAAGGCCACAUGCUAGUACACACUAGAGAGAAACCUCAUAAAUGUGCCCAGUGUGGAGAAGCAUUUAGGACUUUGUCAGAUCUUAGAACCCACAUUAUAAUACACACUGGAGAGAAGCCUCAUCAAUGUACCCAGUGUGGAAAAGGUUUUGUACAAUGUGCAAAUCUGAAACGCCACAUGCUUACACACACUGGAGAGAGGCCCCAUAAAUGUGUCCAAUGUGGAAAAGGUUUUUCACAAACGUCAAGUCUUAAAACCCACAUGCGAAUACACACUGGAGAGAAGCCUCAUCAAUGUGCCCAGUGCGGAAAAACGUUCAGACAAAUUUCAAAUCUUAAUUCCCAUAUGACGACACACACUGGUGAGAAGCCGUGUAAAUGUGCCUACUGUGGAAAAGCAUUUUCACACAUUACGGGGCUCAAAGCCCAUCUGGGAACACACUCGGGAGAGAAGCCUCCAGAAUGUUCCAAAUCCAUUGUGAUGUCAUAUACUGGAGAGAAGCCUCCAGAAUGUUCCAAAUCCAUUGUGAUGUCAUAUACUGGAGAGAAGCCUCCAGAAUGUUCCAAAUCCAUUGUGACGUCAUAUACAGGAGAGAAGCCUCCAGAAUAUUCCAACAGUGACAAUGAGACAACAGUGAAGAAAGACGAUGAUGUGCAAGAGUAUGAUAAUCAGCUGGAAAGUAUAUCGGAACAUCAACCUUUAAUGCAACUGAAGAUCCAUCGACUGAAUGAUAAACUCAACCUGCAACAUGAAGGAGGUCCCUACCACUGCACAGUCUGCAAGAAGAGCUUCACAGCCCUGAGUGAACUUGAUAAACACCAGCAAACACAUACCGUUGACUUGAAUCUAAAGAGGCACACUAGCAAAAGGCCUCAUCAAUGUCUGGAAUGUGAGAAAGCAUUUUCUACACAAACACGUCUGGAUGUCCAUAUUAGAAUGCACACUGGAGAGAAGCCUCAUAAAUGUGCCCAGUGUGGAAAAAGUUUUUCCUACCGUUCAACUCUUAAAAGCCACAUGCUAAUACACACUGGAGAGAAGCCUCAUGGAUGCACCCUGUGUGAAAAAGCAUUUCUAAAGUCCUCCGAUCUUAAGCGCCACAUGCUUUCACACACUAAAGAAAAGCAGAAGCAGAAUACUAACAAACUCACUCAUCCGUGCGUCCAAUGCGGAAAAAGCUUUUCACAAAUUUCUCAUCUUAAAAUCCACAAUCUUGAGGCGCCACGUGGUUACACACACUAG